GAUGCCGCAGAGCGCAGGGCUGCCGCCCGUGUUCUUUGUGCGUCAGCACCAAUGCUCACGGCAGCCGUUGCGCAACAACACCAUCGUCCUCGACUGCGAACAGCAACAUAGGGGUCAAGCCGAGAUCCUCACAGCCGUCGUCCCCUGUCCGACUCCGAAAGCCUUUUGCCUAGAUCCUGAACCGCCCUACGAGGCCGAAUCGCGCUGCCCUGCGGUCCACCCACCCACACUUGCUUGUGCGCAGCAGAGUUCGACGACUUCAUGGUUCACAAGCAAUGGCUGGCCGCCGUGGCAAAGCAACGCGGUUUGAACUUUGAACCCGUCGUCCAGCGCGAGGCCCCUCAUGGAGCACGUUGCCCCAGCAUGUGGCCCAGCCAUUGGCCCACGCCGUGCACUGCCGGCCCCGGCCAGCGUCGAC